GCGGCGCUGGCGGCGAAGGGGGCGGGGCUUCGUGGCGCCCACGGGCCGGGCACAGAAAGACUGCCAGUUUCGCCGCGGCUCCCCUUUGUGUCUGGUCUGAAAAGGAAGGGAGGAAAAAAAAAGAAGCUUUGGUAGCGCGCGCGCGGGGGGAGGGAGAGAGAGAGAGGGAGGGCGCAUGCGCGCGCGCGCGAGGGGGGCUGCGCGAGACUCCACUAUUCGCCUCGAGAAACGGCCAAAAAGGAAGGCGAGCCUGUGAAGAAAGGAGGCGACGGGACUGUGAGGGAGGGAGAAGGAAAGAAAGAAAGGCUCGGCCUGGCGCUGUUGGGACCUGUGUGAGGGAGAGGCCUCUGCUGAGCUGAGGGGAAGAAGGAGAAGAAGAAGAAAAGGAGGCCUUUUUUACCCGACUUGCAACUGAAGAGGGGAGCCUUUCUGUGGAGGACCAAAAAUGGGCCUUGCUUUCUUUUGGGCUGGUUGAAGCCAAGGACAGGGCAGCUCUGAUUUGCUCGUUGCCUCCCUCACAGAAGAAACAGAGGCGCCUUCCUCUCUUUCUCCUCCUUGUAAUACUAUAUAUAUAUAGAGAGAAUAUAUAGAAUAUAUAUAUAUGAUACACGCUAAUAUCCUUGUAAUAUAUUUUCCUGUGUGGGGGUUUUUCCCCCGUUUUUUUCAACCUCGCUUUGAGGGAAGCUGCUUCUCCUGACAGUCUUCAACCAUCCUCUUCAUCCCCCUCUGGAUAUGAUUCAUUGGAAACCAAAGCGGGGCAUUGAUCCUGUGAAGAAGACGCGUGGGAAUUCUUAAUCUGGGUUUUCCAGCCUCGCAGGGAUGGUCCUGUAUCUGGGGAGAGGAGCCCCCGUACUGGUUUGAGGACCCCCCUCCCGUGAAGGAGAGCCAAGCCCUGAAAGAUGAAGGCAGAUUCGCGUCGUGGAGUCAGAAGAGCUCGGGCGGCUCCUGGCCAGACCUCGCCUUUGCCCUUCCCGGCUGGAUUGUAAGCCAGGAAGGUUGUCGACUCUCUGGCGGCUGGAAGGGUUCCUCCCAGUUGGCCUUGUUUUCGAGGGAAAUCGCGCCCAUCAGGCCCCCUUCCCUGGGUCCCUCCAAAUAUGACUGCCUUGCUGCAGCACCUUUGGCUGGUGCUGCUCUUCGCCAGUGCCACCUUACUCCUCAGCACUGCGGCUGCUGCCCAAAGUGAAGAGACAACAUGUGCUUUUCGGGAUGUUUACCAAAAUGACCAUGGGAUUAGUGAAAGUCGAAUUUCUCAGGAGAAUGGUACCAUCUUGUGCAUGAAAGGCAGUACUUGCUAUGGCCUUUGGGAGAAAACACGAGAAGGAGAAAUACAUCUUGUGAAACAAGGAUGUUGGUCUCAUAUAGGAGAUCCCCAAGAGUGCCACUCAGAGGAAUGUAUAGUAACAACAACCCCUUCCUUGGUUCAGAAUGGGACAUAUCGUUUCUGCUGCUGCAGUACCAACCUGUGCAAUGUCAACUUCACAGAAAACUUUCCACCCCCAGAUCCGAUAGAUGCAACAUCAGUCUAUCCAUCUCCUCCUCCUCCUGAAACAAUUGUCAUCGUUCUGGCAUCAGUGUCUGUAUUGGCUGUUUUGGUGGUUGCUCUUUUCUUUGGAUACAGGAUGCUUGUAGGAGAUCGUAAACAAGGUCUGCACAGUAUGGAUAUGAUGGAAGCAGCAGCAUCAGAACCCUCGCUAGACCUGGAUAAUUUGAAACUGCUGGAGCUGAUUGGUCGAGGGCGAUAUGGAGCAGUCUACAAAGGUUCCUUAGAUGAGCGUCCAGUGGCUGUAAAAGUGUUUUCUUUCACUAAUCGUCAGAAUUUUAUCAAUGAGAGAAAUAUAUACAGGAUACCACUAAUGGAACAUGACAACAUUGCCCACUUCAUUGUUGGAGAUGAGAGAUUCACUGCAGAUGGACGGAUGGAGUAUUUAUUAGUGAUGGAAUAUUAUUCCAAUGGGUCUUUGUGCAGAUAUUUGAGUCUUCAUGCUAGUGACUGGGUGAGCUCCUGUCGGUUAGCACACUCUAUAACUAGAGGCCUGGCAUAUCUUCAUACAGAGUUGCCACGAGGAGAUUGCUAUAAACCUGCCAUAUCCCAUCGUGAUUUGAACAGUCGCAAUGUAUUGGUGAAGAAUGAUGGGACAUGUGUCAUCAGUGAUUUUGGUCUCUCCAUGAAGCUAACAGGAAAUAGACUUGUGCGCCCAGGGGAGGAGGACAAUGCUGCCAUUAGUGAGGUUGGUACAAUCCGCUACAUGGCUCCUGAAGUGUUGGAAGGAGCAGUGAACUUGAGAGACUGUGAAUCGGCUCUAAAGCAAGUAGAUAUGUAUGCACUAGGUCUAAUCUACUGGGAAAUUUUUAUGAGAUGCACAGACUUGUUCCCAGGAGAAUCAGUGCCAGAGUUCCAGACAGCUUUUCAAACAGAAGUUGGAAACCAUCCUACUUUUGAAGAUAUGCAAGUCCUUGUUUCAAGGGAAAAGCAAAGACCAAAAUUCCCAGAGGCCUGGAAAGAGAACAGCUUGGCUGUGAGAUCACUGAAAGAGACAAUAGAAGACUGUUGGGAUCAGGAUGCUGAAGCUCGACUGACGGCCCAGUGUGCAGAAGAAAGGAUGGCCGAACUUAUGAUGAUUUGGGAGAGAAAUAGAUCUGUUAGCCCAACAGUUAAUCCUAUGUCUACAGCUAUGCAAAAUGAGCGAAACUUGUCACACCAUAAGCGUGUGCCAAAGAUCAGACCUUAUCAAGAUUAUUCUUCUUCAUCUUACAUUGAGGACUCAAUUCACCACAAUGAUAGCAUAGUAAAGAACAUUUCUUCUGAGCUUUCAUUGUCAAGCACACCACUGACACUUGGGGAGAAGAACAGAAACUCAAUUAACUAUGAGCGGCAGCAAGCACAAGCCCGUAUUCCCAGUCCUGAGACUAGUGUCACAAGUUUGUCAACCAACACAACCACCACCAACACAACAGGCCUCACUCCAAGCACUGGCAUGACUACCAUAUCCGAAAUGCCUCACUCAGGUGACAUAAACAUCAGUGCAGGAAAUGGUGUUGGGCCGACCCCUGGUUGUCUACAACUGACAGAGGAGGAUUUGGAGACCAACAAAUUGGAUCCAAAGGAAGUGGAUAAGAACUUGAAAGAAAGCUCUGAUGAGAACCUGAUGGAGCAUUCCCUUAAGCAGUUCAGUGGCCCAGAUCCACUCAGCAGCACCAGCUCCAGCUUGCUCUACCCACUAAUAAAGCUGGCAGUAGAAGCAACAGGGCAACCGGACUUCACACAAACUGGAAAUGGUCAAGCCUGCCUAAUUCCAGAUGUUCAGCCUGCUCAGGUGUACCCUCUUCCUAAGCAACAGAAUCUGCCAAAGAGGCCUACCACCCUACCCUUAAACACCAAAAACUCCACAAAGGAGCCUCGGCUGAAAUUCGGAGGGAAGCACAAAUCAAACUUGAAGCAAGUAGAAACGGGAGUUGCCAAGAUGAACACUGUCAGUGCUGCAGAACCUCAUGUGGUAACAGUGACCACAAAUGAAGUGGCAGGAAGAAGUCAUACCAUUAACUCUCAUGCUGUGCCAACCCAGUAUGUCAAUGGUACAGUGCCAUCUGGCCAGUCAACCAGCUCAGGAGUACACAGGGCCCAGGAAAUGCUGCAGAACCAAUUCAGUGGCGAGGACAGCCGUCUGACUAUCAACUCAAGCCCUGACGAACAUGAGCCCUUAUUGAGGCGGGAGCAGCAAGUGAGCCAUGAUGAGGGUGUUCUGGAACGUCUGGUUGAUCGGAGAGAGCGCUCGCUGGAUAAUGGCCGAACAAAUGCCAAUAACAACAACAAUAGCAGCAGCAACUCAUGUCCAGGACAAGGUGCCUCUACUCUCGUCAAUAUGAGGACAGCACCAAAUUCUGAACAGACCCACACUAAAAGAGCACAGAGGCCCAACUCCCUGGAUUUAUCAGCCACAAAUAUUUUAGACAGCUGUAGCAUGCAGUUGAGCGAGUCAUCCCUUGAUGGCAAACCUGGCUCAGGAGAAAAGAUCAAAAAACGUGUGAAAACACCCUAUUCCCUUAAGCGGUGGCGUCCUUCCACAUGGGUCAUCUCCACAGAACCACUGGACUGUGAAGUCAACAACAAUGGUGGUGAUAGGGUGGUUAGUUCUAAGUCCAGCACAGCUGUUUACCUUUUAGACGGAGGUACUGCCACAACUAUGGUGUCUAAGGAUGCAGGAGUGGACUGUCUGUGAAUUGUUUGAAAGCUGACAAAAUGACAUUUUUGCAUUCUGUUAAAAAAAACACGCAGAAGACAUUUUUUAAAAAAACAAACCUGCUUUCUUCUGUCAGCAUCCCUUACCGAAGAGUUGCUUUAAAUAGAUUUCAGCUAUGCAGACAAUUUUUAGCUUAUGCUUCCAUAUUUUUAAUUUUGUUCUUUUUUUUAACAUUUUUGCACUUUUUAUUUAGUAUUGCAAAAUUACAUCUGUCUGUCUUUGACCACAGAAUUAUAUAUAUGUGUAUUAAAUGCUGUGGUCUCAAAAUAUUUUUUUUAAAAAACAAAAAGAAAAAAAUGUAUUGCUGAUAAUCAGUUUGGACCCGUGUCGAAGGUCACUAAAACAGAUAAGCCAAUUGGCAACAGUGGUGUCUGCUGUUCAUGUUUUGAGUUCUGUGCACAAGUCCAUUCGUAUGUUUGUGUGUGUCAGAGUGUAUUAUCUUUUGAACUCCUUGUUUUUCACUUGUGUUAUGUUGGAAUGUGCAAUAGUCUGUAGUUCACAGUAUGCUUUCUGUUUCCAGCCCCAUUACACCUUCUCCCUUUUGGAAUUAAAAAAAAUUAAUCGAACAGUUUGGCAGCCAAUGGUUUCCGACUGUGAACUCCGCAAAGCAUAAUCAGCUUUGAAGCAACUGCUUGUAUCUAUCAGUAUGUGUGCUUUGGGAUCGCAGUUAAUGCAUGCUUUUCCCUGCCUUGAAAAGGCUUAAAACACUAAAGAACAAAACUUUUUCUUUCAUCCUUCCAGGCUAAUGCAAUGUAAUUCUUUUUUUCAUAGUGAGUGAUACAGGUUUGGAAAACUCUAAGAAAGAAAAUAUUGAACAAACUGUAAGGAAUCAAUUUGUGCAACCAAUGGGAGUAAUUAUCUUCCCAAUAAGCUUGAUUCUUAAUAAUAACCAUGUCUCCUGUUGGAUGGUUAUAGGCCAAGAAAGUGGGAUAGUUGAUUUGUGGCAUAUCUUUCAUAAAAUCAGGAUGCAUGAAAGAAUUGAAAUUGUAUGUGUGUGGAAUCUGACCCAAGCUGUCUACCAUUUUAUUUUAUCUUUUAUACAAUUUUACAAUUAUAGUUUGUAUUUAUGUACAUGCUUUUUCUUAAUGAAUGCUGUCAGUGCUUAUUGAAAAGUACAUUUUAACCUACUCUUGAUAAGUUGUGUGAAAAACCUAUUGUAGCUAAGUUGUGAAGACAGGAUUUUAAAUAGAAAGACGAAAGUGUGAACUUGGUUGUUUGACAGUAAUGUGAUAUGUUCCGAUGGCUCUGUUAUUUUUACUGCCCAAAUGAUUGCGAUCAGCAUUACAUCAGAUUGCCUAUGUGUCAUUUACUAGUUUAGAGAAUAGUGAGAUGGAUUCAUUUUCUUCAGACUCCCACCUCCUUUUGCAUUAUUGCUUCUCUUCAAACACUACUCCUGCUUAUCAUGACAACAUAUCAAGUUUGUUUUCUCCAGAAGAAUUCAAAAUAUAUCUAACACUACAUAUUUGUGCAUGGCUAAUAAAAUGUCUGGCCCAUUAACCACCAUUUUGAAACUCAGUAGGGACAUCUGUCUAAACAGAAAUAGUCAAUAUUGGCCUUUGUCCCAGCAUGAAAUGAAGCCUUUUUGUCUCAAUUGUUAUUCAGGCUUUUGUUAACAUUAUCAAUAUAUAUCUAUAUAUCUAUAUAAGCUACAUAGCAUCUAGUAUAGUAUGUUCUGAAUGAAAACAUUAGUUUUGUAUUGUCAUGAUCCAGGACUGACUAAACAAUUAUUUAGUCCAUACAAUAAAAUCUCUGCAAAAUAUA